CAGAGAUGGCAGUGAGAGGAGACAGCUCUGACAAAUAAACCAGGAGAUGUCUUCCCUGAAGGAGAAGAUUUCCUUGGGCAAAGCCAUUUGAAACCAGCAGUGUACCAAACCUGCCUAGCAAGGCGAUACCCAGUGAGUCGCGGCCUGAGCAGGGAGGCACCACGGAGGCAGAGGGAUGCAGCAUGCCCACAUUCAGGGAAGACUUCAGGUACUCAGGAGGGGACUGCAUUGGUGGGAAGAUACAACCAUGUUUCCUCAGAGGGGUUUGUAAAAACACCCCCCACAUAUUUCGCCACAGCCACGUGCCCUGCCUGCACAGACCUCUCCAGCACAUGGGAGCAUAUCUUCUGCCUGUACUGAUGUGAUGGUGCUCGGGAAAGCCUCAGGCUUCUCAUCCCAACACUUCAAAAGAUCCUCCUCUGUGGCCUAAUGGCCAUGUCAGCAAUGAGGAAAUGAAAUGGCAGCGUUGACAGAAACCAAAACACAACCUGGGGCAUUUGGGAGGACAGUCUGCUUUGGGGAUGAGUCUGUAGGAAAAUUACUGCCCCUGUGCAGUGCCUGUGGUCCUGGGGCAGUGCAGGAGCAGUAUAAAAGCAGGACCUUCUCCUCACUCUCUCAUCCACUCCUUCAGCUCCAUCUUGUUGGGAACAAGGUGCACCUGCAGCCCCAAGCCAUGUCCUGCUACAGCCCGUGCCAGCCCUGCCAGCCCUGCGGCCCCACCCCGCUGGCCAACAGCUGCAAUGAGCCCUGUGUCAGGCAGUGCCAGGACUCCACCGUGUUCAUCCAGCCCUCGCCCGUGGUGGUGACCCUGCCCGGCCCCAUCCUCAGCUCCUUCCCACAGAACACCGCCGUGGGAUCCUCCACCUCGGCUGCUGUUGGCAGCAUCCUCAGCUCUCAGGGAGUGCCCAUCAACUCUGGGGGCUUUAGCCUCUCUGGCUUGGGCAGUGGCCUCUGUGGCACGAGGCGCUUCCCCUGCUGAAGCUGCUCCCUGCACUUUAGCCUCCACCUGGAUCCCCCUCUCCUUCC